CUGUUUGGGUGUGGUUCGCAUCUUACAAUUCUCAACACCUCGUUGCUAUCUUAUGAAAAUAUAACGAAGCCGUUAAUGUUGAAUACCAACGUAAUGCUGCUUGAGUUUCGUGCUGAGAUAACUUUCUUGCUGACGCACACAUGAACUGUUAUCUUGUCUCGUACUGCUAACGGCAGAAUUCUACAGAAUGUUUUGGAGUAUUUCAAUAAAUCAUUUAAACAACGUCCUGUCAAGCUAAUUAAAAUUUAAACAACGCUGUUUCGACUGGCUAUUUUUCGCAGCCAGUUGAGUUUUUUUUAAAAGUGUUUCACGGCCAAUUGCUCCAGUUCAGUUGAAAGCGCUGGUCGUAUAUAAUCCAACUACAGACCGCUGGUUCAUUCAAGGCAGUUCACUCAAAGCUACGGAAGUGAAGUUCUUUGAAGCGAUCCUAUUGGCCAGUGUAAGAGCAACCGCGGCGCUUGUAGUGGCGGGAACACAGACCUACAUUGCUCUCGCCGGUUCGAUUACUUUUCAGUCCUCAGUGCGGGAAAGUUAAAUCGUUUUAUGGAAAAACCACACAGCUUUUUAGCCAAACUUGUCAAUGGCGCUAUUGCUGGAGUGGUGGGAGUUACCUGUACUUUUCCGUUGGACCUUUGUAAAACAAGACUGCAGGAUCAGAGAAAUCUUGGAGCUCAAAAACACUACAGAAACUUAGCGGACUGUUUAUGGAAAGUAGCAAGAGCAGAAGGAGUACAGGGCUUAUACAAAGGCAUGGGAAUAAACCUGUUACUUAUAAACCCAGAGAAAGCUAUAAAACUUGCUGUAAACGACCAAAUACGACAACUGUAUGGUGGAAGAAGAUGUAGACUACCCUUAACCAAAGAGAUGAUAGCCGGUGGAGCUGCCGGGUUUUGUCAGGUGAUCAUCACAACACCAAUGGAAAUGCUUAAAAUACAGCUUCAAAUGGCAGGGACACAAACCACAACGGGUCCGCGAAUGCCUAAUGCAGCUACUGCAGUGGCAGCUGCCAGUUCAAAUCUAAGGACGUUUGGCACCAAGUCAGGUACAGCUCCGAAAUCCGCCAUGAAAAUAGCACAUGACCUGAUGAGAAGCAAGGGGAUCAGUGGCAUUUACAAAGGACUUGGAGCCACAUUAGCAAGGGACGUGCCAUUUUCCUGCAUCUACUUCCCUCUGUUUGCCUUUCUAAGGCUGGAGUUUCAGGGAGAAGGAACACAGAAUGACAACCCAGGUCCUCUGCAAUGCUUGAUAGCUGGCUGUACAGCUGCAAUGGUCGGAAGUGCCGCCGUCACACCAAUGGAUGUUGUGAAGACAAGACUCCAGGUGAUAAGAAGCGGAGGCGAAGCAGCCUACAAUGGCCUGCUGGACUGUGCUCGUAAAACUUACGUAAACGAAGGAAUAAGGGCUUUCUAUAAAGGAACAGUGCCUAGAAUGAUAGUGAUCGCCCCUCUGUUUGGAAUUGCACAGACGGUUUACUUCCUGGGAGUGGCCGAGAGAUUACUAGGACUUGAAGUGGGCGGGAUAUGACGAGAUGAGAGACCAAUACUCAGUACCAGAGACAAGCUGAGUGGGGUCGGGAACGCCCACCACCACGCUUGCGAAAUAUACGGGUUUGACAAUGCAUAAUUACCACGAAAUAGAUCAAAUCGUUUUGUGUUAAAUUUAUCGAAAAGAUAUGACGAAAUUCGACUCUGCAAAUAUUUAUUAUGUACAGUGUUAUUCGUUGUUUGAGGACUUUCAAACAAAGAAACAAAUCUUUUUUCUCAAAUUGUAAAUAAUGGUGGAGAUAUGUAACUGGUUUACUUACAACUGGGAGGAUGAGCCAAAAACUAAAGAGUUGUAAACCACUCAGCUAGAAAUACGAUAGAAAUACGAUAGAGCUACGAUAGAACAUCACAAGAAUGAAUAAAGUUCAACCCCUUGAGCAAUGAUGUUCUUAAAUAAUAAACAAAGGUUAUCUUAUCUUGAAGUUCUUGGUCGUUUCUUAUUCUAGGGAGUUAGCGUCUCUAAGUCAGCGAUAUGGAUGCAUAGUAACAGAAUAGAAUGGGAGAAUGACAAUGACGAUAAACUCUCCCGCCAAAGGUGUCUGGUUUUUAAUGACACUUCUUUGUCAGUCACUUACAAAACUGAUACCACUGGGAUUGCCUGAGAUUUUUCAACCAAAGCAUCUGUUGAAAUUGGGCUUGUCCGGGCGUACCAGUGGUCGAGGGAAGCUAACAUAUGGUAAAACAUAAACAAACAAAGAGCAACGAAACCGAACCAAAAAGAGUGAAAUGCUACGAGUUUAGCUACCAAAUUUAAACAUGCCGCUUUGAAAACGUAUUUUGCAAUGUCUAAACCUAAAAUAGAGAUUUAGUGAGAGAUCUGAAAAAGUUUGAGAGUAGGUCGACCUUCCUUUCUACAGAUCUUCUUACACAAUCAAAUAAACCUACUCAAAUCGAGAAUGAUCAUGCAAGUUAGCAGCUGACGCACAUAUGCACGCCCUUCCUGAAAGGCAAACGUGACGUGUAGGUGCGAUUAUAGGGCUGUGAAUUUCAGUGGCAGUUUUAGUGUUAAAUCUGACAAGUUAGUGACAGGAAAGCCAGGGUGUUACAACCCCGGACAGAACUAGUUUAGAGAUAAAUCGGAAAAGUAUCUACAUUUUUCUGCUACGCUGACUUAAAUCCAAAGCGCUGCUCAAUGAUUAGUAGUUAUCUCGCUUCCUUUAGCACAAGAGUUCUGUGCGUUGGUUUUCAGUCCACAACAACAUUGAAUGGGGUUUGGGAUUCGGAAGGGAGGUGACGUGGUUUGAUUGCAUCAUAGUGUCGCACACAACACUGACAAAACUGUCCCGACAGUU